AUGAUCAAGACAAUACAGAAUAAACUGAUAAAAAGUCUAGGUAAAAGAUUUGUUAGGGUUUGGGCUGAUACAAGUAAAAGAUCAUCAUCAUUAAAUGUUGCUGAAGAUAUUAAAUCAAGUUUAUUUAAUGAAAUUACACCAGAAAAUGGUAAUGGUGCUGCAUCAAUACCAGAUUAUGAAUCAAAAUUAAGAUAUCAUUCACCAAUAGGCAUUCAUGAAGCAUUUGAAGAAAGUUAUAAAAUAUUAUCAGAAGAUGCAAAUGUAAAAUAUCAACAAUUAGAAAAAGAAACAGACCCAAAGAAAAUUGAAAAUUUACAAAUUGAAGCAGAACAAUAUAAUCCUGAAGUUUUAUACAAUGCAGAGUUUAAUCAUGAUUCGUUAAAUAAAACUCAACCUAUAUAUAGACAAUUAUUACAAAAAAAAUGGCAAGAUAAAGAUUUAAUGAUUUUAAUGCAAAGAUUAGAGACAAUGCACGUUAUACCAGAUACCUUACCAACUUUAAAUCCAACAGCAGACGUUAAAAUUAAAUUUAAUCAUAAUACUGAUCCAAGAUUUAUUGGUUGGAUAGAACCAGGUACAAAAUUACCAGCAUUUGCAGUAUCACAACCACCAACUAUACAAAUCAAUGAUUUUGAAAAUAAAAAUCAAGAUGAGUUAUAUACAGUUUUAUUAGUUAAUCCAGAUGUACCUGAUUUACAUGCAAAUACGUAUCAAACAAAUUUGCAUUAUGGAUUAGUCAAUAUUUCAUUAAAUAAUAUAAAUGAUACAAUAAAACCUCAAUGGUUGUUAAAUAAUGAAGAUUGUAUAAUUCAAGAUUAUUUACCAUUAACUCCAUUUAAAAAUUUACCAUAUCAAAGAGCUUGUUUAUGGGUCUUCAAACAAAAUGGAAGGCUGGAAGUUACUAAAAAAUCAAUCAAAUCUAGAUCUUUUGAUAUUGGAAAAUUUGUAACACAAAAUAAUUUAAAUCCAAUUGGUGCUCAUUUAUGGAGACAAGAAUUUGAUAGAAGUGUAAAUUCAAUUAGAGAAAUGUAUGGAUUACCAAAAGGUGAAGUUUUUUUGAAGUUUAGACAUGAUGAACCUAUAAAUACCGAAUUUUUAAGAAUUGAAUUACCUUAUAAAUUUAAUAAUGAAAAUAGACAUAAAUAUGAAAAGCAAGCUUCUGAAAUUGAAGCUGUUGCAGAAAAGGAACAUAAUGAAAGUGAAAGUAAUUAA